UAGAAAAUUAAAAAUCUUAAAUAUUCGGAAUCUCCUCGUCGAGUUCUCUCCAACCAUGUAUGAUUCGGCCAAAACAAUUUUUUGCUUACCUUUUGCAUUUCCUGCACCUUAGAAAAUGACGAAAACAGAACGAUGAAAAAAAAGUUGAAGGGAUAACAGGCAGUUUUUUUUCUCCAAACUGUGGUAGUGAAAAUAUUGAUCGUUACUUUGAAAAUGCAACAGUUAGUCGUCGUUUCCUUCUGACAUUCUACUUUCAAAUCUAUAAAAAUUUAACUUUUAUUUAAAAAUAAGAAACAUUCAAUAUACUCACAUAAAUGUUUUUUAAUUGAUUAAGAGAUAAUAGUACCAAAUCUGUAUAUAAAAUGUACGACUUGUCAGUUUCAAAUUUGGUAGAAAUCAUAAUAAAUUUUAGAUGAUAUAAUUAACUCUACGAAGAGAUCUAGUAUUUAUUAGAAAUAUGAUAAAACCUGAUAAAGAAUUGUAUUCUAUAUUUGUUAUUUUUUUUUGUUUGAAGAACAUCUCUGUCUGAGAGAAAAAAUGAUGCAGAAAAUCGAUACUUUACAAGCAUCGAUAACGUUUGUAUUAUUACUGUUAUACGUUUCAGUGACGACAGUCACGGAUAAUGAUCUCAUUCUUAGGUUAAUUUCUUUAAUGAGAAUAGAUGGCCUAGAGAGUCAUGUAUUUGACACUAAAUAAUCCUUAUGCUUAACAUUUUUGUUGUUUUACUUUUAGUUGGUCAGUUCGGAUGAAGUAUUUAUGUUUUAUGAAAAAUCAAAUUUAAUGGAUUUAGUUGAACGUAUGAAAUCGGAAAGUGAACGUCAAGAUCCAAAUUCAUUAUUAAAUUAUCAUGUUCAACUUGUAUUACUAUUAGCUAUGUGUACUGAAGGAAAAAAUGCAUCAACAGAAAUUAAAUGUCAUUCACUUAUUGGUCUUGAUGAUAUUGUUUUAAUUGUUACUCAUCCUGAUUGUGUACCAGAAGUAAAAAAUGCUUAUAUUACAUUUUUAAAUCAUUGUUAUAUUGAUACAGAAGUAGAAAUGAAAGAAAUUUAUAAUAGUCAACAUAUUUAUACACUUAUUGAAAAAACAUUUAAUCCAGAUAUUGAACAUUUAAUCACCAAACCAUAUGAACGACGUAGUCUAGAAAAAUAUAUAUUAGAAACUGUUUGUGAUUUAAUAACACAAUUUUUUAAUUCACCUUUUUUUGAACAAUCAGCUGCACCACAAAAUCGUAAUGGUACACUAUUAGCAUUACAUGGUCAUCUUGUUCGUCUUCUAACUGUAUCGUGGUUAACAACGAUUCAACGUGAAAGAAUUGAUCGAUGUAUACAUAUUUUAUCGAGCAUUGCUGAUCGUCGUGGUCUAAGUCAACAUUUACGUUCACAACAUCAAGCUGUGGAAAUGUCUCGUCAACGUCGUUCAUCUCGAACUGCAUCGCAUAGUGUUGAGCAUACAUAUGCAGGUAUAAGUUCAACAUAUGGUAAUAAAUCAAAACAUGAACAUUUACAAGAUAAAGAACAUAAACGAGUUAUUGAUAAUUUUGUGGAAUAUCUUGGUCAAGUUGGUAUUCGUUUAAAUCCAUUAAUUCAAGCUGAAGUUAGUGUAUUAGUUGAUGUAAUACGAGCACCCUAUGCUCUAUUUAAUGAAACAAAUGAAUGUCGAAUUAAAUUUCAAAAUGGAGCAUUUGUUCACAAACUAAUUAUACAUACAAUGCUUAUAUUAAUUGCCAAAUAUGAUCCACAAUUAAGUUCUAAUGUAUUAGGUUUACUUAUUAUGUAUGCGGGACUUGAACGUGUGCCCAAUGAGGAGGGUCAAAGUUUAAGAGCAAAACUAUUACGACGUUAUUUUAGUGAUGAUAGACAAUAUUUAAAAUCACUUCAUCAACCGUUAAAAGAAGAAGAUGCUAUGGAACGUUUACGUUCUACUCAAAAUGAAUUGAAUAAACAAGGUGCGAGUGAUCUAGUGGUAGAAUUAUUUAUGAGUGAAUCACCAGUGAAUAUUUUGGAAGAAAGUGUCAAUUUGGCUAUUGCAUUAUUAGAAGGUGGCAAUACAGAAGUUCAAUUGAGUAUAUUUCGUCAUUUACACAAUAGUGAAUUUACAUCGGAAAAAUUCUUUCAAGUAUUUUAUGAUAAAAUGUAUAUAGCUCAAAAAACAUUGAAAAGUAUGCCAUCAUUACCGCCUGAUUCGAGUGGCGAAUAUGAUGAUCACGAUGAUUUCGUUCUCUAUUCUCCAUAUAAAUCUUCACCGUCAAGUCCUAUUACUGUAAAUUCACCAACAUCCGUUAGAAAAUCAAUGUCCAUUCAAAAUUUUGAGCGUGAACCAACACCUAUGCCGGGCGCAAAUGAAAUGACUCUAACAAAUGGAAUUGCCAAUGCGAGUGAAUUUAGUGUUGAUGAACCUCUUGGCGAUCCAAAAAUGUUAAUUGCUCAUUCUACCAUAGCUCAAGAUGAAUCAGCGAAUAAACCACACACAUCUGGCAUCUAUGAUAUAUUCGAUUUUUCUUCGUCAUUUCUUCAAAAAGAUAAUCGUCGAUAUAAGUUACCAUUUGAAGUGCGAAUUAUGCAGCCAAUAUUAAGAUUUUUACAACUGUUAUGUGAAAAUCAUAAUGCAGAAUUUCAGAACUAUUUACGUAUUCAAGACAACAAAACCAAUUUUAAUUUGGUAUGUGAAACAUUAAAAUUUCUCGAUGCCAUUUGUGGGUCGCAGACGGGCCUAUUAGGCCUAUUAGGCAGUUAUAUAAACGAAGAUAAUGUAGAAUUAAUUAAUCAAGCAUUAAACACACUAACAGAAUAUUGUCAAGGACCAUGUCAUGAUAAUCAAGAUGCUAUUGUCAAUCAUGAAUCAAACGGCAUCGAUAUCAUUAUCGCCAUUGUGUUAAAUGAUAUUAGUCCAUUAAAUCAAAAAAACUAUGAUCUUGUAUUAGAAUUGAAGGAUAAUGCCUCUAAGUUAUUAUUAGCUGUUAUGGAAAGUCGUGAUGAUAGUACAAAUGCUGAAAGAAUAUUAAGAAAUAUUGUACCCGUUUCACAGUUGCUCGAUGUUGCAUGUGAAAUAUAUUCUCGUGGUAAACAAGAAGAAAUUCAUUUGAAAGGAAGAGAUAUUGAAAAUGGCGGUGGUACAAAUACAACAGAUGAGAUGCAUGAUGAAGAUGCGGAUAAUAACGAUAAUGUUGGUCAAACAGUUGGACAUAAUAUGUAUAUAUUAGCAUAUCAGCUUGCUCGUCAUAAUCGUGAAUUAGAAAUAUUAAUGCGUCAUCGUACAUUGAAUGAUGAAGCUCUAUCCUACUAUCAUAAACAUACAGCUGAAAUUGAAAUUAUUCGUCAUGAUCGAUCAAUUGAACCAAUCGUAUUUCCCGUUCCUCAAUUAUGUGAAUUUUUAACAGUUGAAAAAAAACAAAAAGUUUUUUUAACAUGUGAACAAGAUGAACAAGGAUCUAAAGUAAAAGAUUUUUUUGAAAAAUUUCCUGAAAUAUUUGAAGAAAUGAAAUGGCAACGAAAACUUCGACAUCAACCAACAUUAUACUGGUUUAGUUCACAUAUGAGUCUAUGGAGUGAUAUAUCAUUUAAUUUUGCCGUACUUAUUAAUAUUCUUGUGGCAGUAUUUUAUCCAUUUAAUAAAGGAUUAAAGGAUCUCGAUCUUCGUGCAUCAGCUACUAUUUGGGGUGCACUUUUAGUAACAUUUAUUGCCAUAUUAAUGAAACCGAGUGUUGGUUCAAUGAGAAUGUUUUUUGUUGCUGGAAUUUUGAGAUCAAUUUAUUCUGUUGGACUUGGACCAACUCUAUGGUUAAUGGGAGCUAUUAAUGUAUUAAAUAAAGGUGUAUUUUUGGUUAGUUUUAUGGGUAAUAAUGGAACAUUUUCAAGGUCACGUUAUGAAAAUUUAACAAAUUUUGAACUUGUUUAUCAUGUUGGAUAUCUUAUUUUAUGUGUACUUGGUCUUUGUGCCCAUGAAUUCUUUUAUAGUCUCCUGUUGCUUGAUGUUGUCUAUCGUGAAGAUACAUUGUGGAAUGUCAUUCAAUGUGUUGUACGCAAUGCAAAAUCUGUUAUAUUGACAGCUGUAUUCGCUGUUAUUAUCAUUUAUUUAUUUGCUAUUUGUGGCUAUUUAUUUAUACAAGAUGAUUUUCUUAUGGAAGUUGCUCCUAAAACACAAAAUAAUUCCAAUCUGUUAGCAGCUUUAACUACAACUCCAUCUACACCUAUUUCUAACACUACUUUAUCAGCAACAGUUGUUUCUUCCAUGUUAGUUAAUAUCACAAACACAUUGUCUUCAACCAUUCCAAGUGCUUUACAUGAUUAUUGUACAAAAGAUAAUUGUGUUAAUGAUACCCAAAGUACAUUAACAAAUGCAUCAUCGGAAGAAACUGAAGCAGUUGAAAGAUCCUGUGAUACUCUAUUUAUGUGUAUAGUAACAACAUUAAAUAAAGGUUUAAGAAAUGGAGGAGGAAUUGGAGAUGUAUUGAGGCAACCAUCAAGUCAGGAACCAUUGUAUUUUUUUCGCGUCAUCUACGAUAUGAUGUUUUUCUUCAUUGUUAUUAUCAUCACAUUAAACUUGAUAUUUGGUGUUAUUAUCGAUAAUUUUGCAGAUUUAAGAACAGAAAAACAACGAAAUGAUGAAAUAUUACGAAAUACAUGUUUUAUAUGCGGUCUUGAUCGUAAAUCAUUUGAUAAUAAACAUGUGACAUUUGAAGAUCAUAUUCGGAAAGUUCAUAAUAUGUGGAAUUAUGUUUAUUUUAUGGUUUUAAUUAAAGUUAAAGAUCCAACUGAAUAUACGGGACCAGAGUCAUACGUACAUGAAAUGAUUGAACAACGUAAUCUUGAUUGGUUUCCACGUAUGCGUACAAUGUCAUUAGAUAUGCAGGAUGAUAAAAAAGAAGAAACAGAAAAUCGAAUAUUAAAAAAUCAAAUGGAAGAUGCCAAUAAAGCAAUCAAAACGUUAUCAGUAGAAUUGGCCGAAUUACAAAAAUUAGUGUUAGAUACUCGUUCACAAAAGCAUCGUAUGAAUUUUCUUCAAAAUCCAACUAUGUCAAAUUCAUUAACAACUUAA